CACGUCUUCGGGUGUAUAAAUAUUUCUAAUAAAAAAAACAUAGAAGUAGAUAAUAGAAGAAAAAGAAGAACAAGAAGAAAUCUUUCACAAAAAUCAUGGUACAAAGUAGCGGGCUUUUUUCGAGUUUGUUUCUCAUUCUUUCUGUUGUUGCUGUUAAUCAGCUACAGAUCCCUUUGGCUACAUGUCAAGAGGAACAAGAUGUCCAAUGUCUCCCUCGCAGAACUUUUCUGGCUUUAUUACGUCUACCAGAAGUAAGCUCAAACUUGGCGGCAUAUUCACGAACAGCAAGGAUACUACAAGAUACCAGAAAUGACUUUGUCCAACUCAAAGCCUUGAGCACUGAGGAUACAAGUGAUGAUGCUAAAAUAUGUUUACCUGCAGGCGUCUACUACGAAAUUUUCAGCGAUCCAACAAUGCGAACUCAUUUAAGUGCAAUUGAAAGAGCACUCAGAAUUAUCGAAGAUCCUGGACAAACGGAUGUUGGAAUUCUUGAUGUAGAGAAAAGAAGCAUCGCUACUUUAGCAAAAAAUGAUGACCUUCCUGCAUCAAUAAGACCUCAUAGAGAAGAAGAUGAAGAAAAAAGAAGUCAAUCAAGCAUGACUCCUGAAGAAAUAAUAAAGAUGUACACAAGCAGCAUUCAACAAGAUCAAGGAAAAACUCCAGAAGAAAUCAUCAGUGAAUACACUCUUCCAAGUGGUGAAUUAAACGUUGAAGCCUUAUUCAGAGAUUUUCCCAUCAACAAAAGAAACAUUGGAACCUUAGCUCGAGAUUAUGCUUUGCCAUUGGGACGACGAAACAUCGCUGCUUUGGCACGAGACUCUGCUUUGCCAAACGGAAAGCGAAACAUUGCUGCCCUAGCUCGUGAAAGGAUGCUUCCAAGUAGUGCAAAAAGAAGCAUUGCUUCUCUAGGUCGAAUCUAUAUCCUGCCUUCUUAUAAAGGGAAACGUAAUAUCGGAAGUUUGGCACGAGACUCCUCACUCCCUCACUGGGGUAAACGUAACAUCGGAAGCUUGGCACAAGAUUUUCCACCUCCUCAUUGGGGUAAACGUUACCUUGGCGCACUUUUGAGAUCUGAAGAGUAUCCUUAUGUUUUUGAUAAAAAAAAUAUCGCAUCGUUGGCUAGAAAUGGUGAUUUUGUUUAUGGCAAAAGAAACAUUGGAACUCUGGCCAGAGAUUGGAGUCUUCCACAAUCAAGACACAGUCGCUCGUUAAAUGAACAAGACCUGGGCCGGGUUGAUGUAGAUCUCCAACGUCUUGAACAAGAACAUGAUAACAAUGCCAUUAAUAAAGCCAGAACGACCUCCAAACAAAGUGUUCUAGCGGCUGAAUUGGCUGAUGCAAAAAACAAGUCACGAUCCAAGAGACAAAUUGAUUAUUCUGAAGAGUAUCCAUUGCCCGACAUGCAGAAUGUUAACAUGUCUGACUAUGAAGAUAUCAUUGAAGCUCUUGCAGAAUAUCCGAUCGCUGAAAAAAGAUUUAUGGGAGCAGGUUCGUCACUGGAGAUGGAGAACGAUGAGGAUGAUGACGAUGAUGUAUCAAACCAAUCACUGGGUUAUCACGACAUGUUACAACCAAGUAAGAGACAUAUCGGAGCUCUGGCACGUCUCGGUUGGCUACCAUCCUUCAGGCCAGCACGAUUUUCUCGCUCUCCGCGAUAUCUGGUCGGCAGGCAGGAUUCCCCAGAUGGGUCCUCGUCCGACAACACCCCCGACUCGGCGACUUGGACGCUAGGCUUACACUGGAGGAGACCGAGAACCCGUUACGUGCGUAAAUCUUCAGGAGACUGUCGACAUGGUUUUAGAGGAUUUAUAGUUUCAUCCAACAAUGAUAAUCAAUACAAAUAAUUAACCAAUUUCAAAGCAUUAUCAAGCUUUUACUAAUUGAUAAAUCUUUUUGAUUUUUCAAUCAAUGAUUCCAUUAUUUAUAAACCAUUUUUAUCAGUAUUAUCAAUAACUGUAAAUAACAUUAUUUAUUCUUUUAAAUUAUUAGCCAAAUUUGUAGAUUACCGUGAGAUUUAAUUUUCUAUCAAUGAUCUACUAAUAUCACACAUUAUAAUAUGAUUAACUGAUGUAUUUAGAGUAUAAUUAAUAAUGGUAGCACUCAGCGGGUUCUCUUAAAGGCUGCAAAAAAAAUGUCUGUUACUAAAAUUUUUACAAUUCUAUAUAUGUAUGCGGUUAUUAAUGUAUUAAUUACACUGGGCAACAAAUGAAAAUUACUCAAAUAAAAUAAACAAUAGUGUAAAAUUAUUUUAACAUUAACUAAAACAUUAAUAAAAUUUCAUUAUUAUAAAAUAUAUAGAUAUCAUGUGUCUAAACAAUAAAUAUUUGUAACAAUGACAAUAAAUAGAAACAAUUCUGAGUAAAACUGAACUUUACUUGUUGCUCAAUGUUAUGCAUUGUAUGGAAACAGAUAAUUCUACAGAGUAACCCCUAGAUUCAUAUAUAAUUAAUACUUAUAAUAUAUUAUACAUAUCUAAUAAACAAAUCGCAGGUCUCAUUAGCAGUGCGAUUGGGAAUGCGAGACGCUUUCAGUUCGAUAAAAAUCAAAUUUUAAUGUACUUAUCCUGAUAAACAUCACGAGAGUGUAAAUACCUCGUGAUGAAUUUCAUCAGAAAAGACAAUACAAUCACUAACUUUUAAAAAAAAA